AUAAAUAGGUUAUGGUAUGUCUACAAGUGACGGUCAUGGGCUAUUGACGAAACAAGCUGGGAUUGGUCAUCCUGUGCUCUAUAAUGGCAGCCGUUUUGAAGGAGAACAGAAAAAUUUGACUAAAAACACAAGCUAUGAUGUAGAAGUUAUUCUGCAGCAUGUAGAUUUGGACAAAGACGUUCUCUCCGGGUAUCUUAGUAUUACAGGUCUAGUGGAGGAUGUACCGACUCUGACGACAUUUUUUGAAGGUGAAAUAAUCGGCAAGCGACAUCCUUUCUUAACAAGAAAAUGGGAUGCAGACGAAGAUGUGGACAGAAAACUAUGGGGCAAAUUUCCAAAGUUCCUUCGAUAUUCCAAGGAUUUUAAUUCUGAAGACUUUGACUAUGGUGCACUUGCAGGAGAUGGUGUAAUAUUCAUGAGGUGGAAGGAGGUAUUUCUUGUUCCAGACCAUACUGUCACAAACAUUCGAGGAGCAUCGUUUGCUGGUUUCUAUUAUGUCUGCUGUCAGAUGCCAUCAGGAACAGUAGAUGGUUACUAUCAUUACCGGAUGUCAGACUGCACUCAAUCUCUUAGUCUCAGACACGUUUCUCAGUCGACUUUUGGCAUAUACGAAUUUCGGUGAACAUGACAGCCGGGAGCUCUUAUGCUAGAAGUUAUAAAACUUUUAGUUAGAUAAUGUUUUAUUGACACUCACGUUGCUAGAGUGGACAACUCGUGUUUCUAAGUUGUCGCACGUAACGUUUUCACAGUCUUUUUGAACACUGAUUGAGGUAACAGUGGUGCAGACCAUUUCUACUUGAGCAACGGU